GUUAUAUCGACCAGCGACCACCUCUAUUAGGACACCGGCAAUAACGUAAUACAAGUACAAACUGGUCAUUUAAAUACCCCAGCAAAAUGGUGGGACUAAGAAUGCCCUCGAACCGCACACUGGGCAAAAUAUGUGUCUACGGUGCCGUGGCCUCCGUAUCCGCAGUGAUGUACAUGCGCUGGAAACUGGAGGAUCGGGUCAAGUCGUGCGACUAUUACAAACUGGCGCUAAAGGGGCUGCGCAGCCAUCGAGGGGCUGUUUCGCUGCUGGGGGAACCUAUCAAGGAUUCGGGCAUUGACCUGGGCAACCCCAACAACAAUUGCAAUGCGCACAUGGCACAAUUUGAGGUUUCAGUGCGAGGCAGCAAGGAUAAAGGAACACUCUACUUCUGGGCCUCCCAUCAGCCGGAUAAGGGCUGGCUCAUCGAUCGCCUCGAGCUGGAAACUAAGCUCAAUCCCGAAAAGCGUUUUCUGCUCAAGAAAUCCGAUGAACAAACCACCGAUCUGCCCGAGAGUCUGAGCCAACUUCCAGCGCAGCACGAACUAAGUCAGUUGAAUAGAGAACAGGCUGAAACGCAGUCAAAUUAGUGGCAAUAUUCGAUUCAAUUAGUUUAUUCUCAUUAAAUUUGACUAAUUCAAGCAA